AUGGUGGAGGAGUUGAGAAGUGAUGUCAAAAGAAGGUUCAAUAUUGCUAUUCCUAAUGGCAGAUUAUAUAGGGCUAAGGCUUAUGCUCUGGAGACACUGAAAGGAUCAGUGACUGGCCACUAUGCAAAGCUGAGGAGUUGUAUAUCUGAGCUUAUGAAAGUUGACAGAGAAGGGAGAUUUGAAUUACUGGUAGGGGAUGGUACAAUAUUUAAAGGGUUGUAUAUAGAUUUUAGUGCUCUGAAAAAGGGAUUUGUGGAGGGAUGUAGACCCAUCAUAGGCCUAGAUGGUUGUUUCCUGAAGACUCAUCUAGGAGGGCAACUUCUUUGUGCUAUUGGAAAGAAUGGAAUUAACCAGAUGUAUCCAAUUGCUUGGGCGGUUGUUGAAGUGGAAAAUGAGAUGGUUCAGGUUACAAAUUCAUAUCGGAUUAACAAAAGUGUUACAUAUACAGAUGGUUCAGGUUACAUUUACUUACAUUACAGUGUUAUUGAAUUUGUUGUAGGGUUUGACAAAUGCUGUGUUAGAAGUUCAUACAAGGAGGAGUGGGAUGCAUCAAUGGACAAGUUGAAGGCAGAGAACAUGAUGGCUUAUGAGAAUUUCAUUGAGAGAGACCCAUCCAGGUUCUGUAAAGCCUUUAUAUCUACUGCAUGUGUGAGUGAUAUGGUAGAUAAUAAUGUGUCUGAAACCUUUAAUGGGUACAUACUAAAUGCUAGAGGGAAACAUAUAAUAGAUAUGUUGGAAGAAAUAAGAAGUGAUCUUAGGGAGAGACAAUUUAAGAAGUUAAAACAUGUUGAAAGUGUGUCUGAUGUGUUAACACCUGCUGCUAGAAAAAAAGUUGAAAAAUUGAAGAGUUUGGCUAGGUUCUGUACAGCUCACCCUGGGCUAGGGGGUAAGUUUGAGGUUGAGAACAAGGAUGAUAGAUUCAUAGUUUCUUUACCCGAAAGAACAUGCAGCUGUAGAGUUUGGGAGCUCACUGGCAUCCCAUGUAUCCAUGCCAUUUCUGCUGUCCAUUUCAUGAAAAAAGAUCCAGCCAAUUAUGUCCACAAGUACCUGACCACUGAGACCUACUUGAAAGCAUAUUCAUAUCCAUUGGAGCCAAUAAAUGGUGAAAGACAAUGGCCCAAGGCAGUAGGCUAUCCAGUUCAACCUCCAGAAGUGAAGGUGAUGCCUGGGAGGCCAAAGAAGAAUAGGAGAAGGGAUAAGGAUGAGAAGGAUCCCAAAAAUCCUUCUAGACUGACUAGGGUAGGGACUGUUAUGACAUGCCAAAAUUAUUUUCAGGCAGUUCAUAAUUCCAGAGAGUGUAAGAAUGAGACUGUGGAGAAAGAGAAGCCAGAAAAGAGAAAGCCAGGAAGACCAAGGAAGCACCCUAGGCCAGAAGAUUGUGUGAACUCAAGUGGAGCAAGUAAGAGUAAGAAGAAGAGUAAGAGUAAGACCCUAGCUAUGGAACGAGGACAGGCAUCAAAGGGUGUAGGGCACUUUGUGGGAGAGGAGACAGGAAACUCCUACAUUUGCUCCGGGAGUAUAGUGCAUCAAGUGCCAAGAGGGGAAAAACUAUCAUCUCAAGUGCCAACCCAACAAUCCCAAACCAAGAACUGA